GCUUCUGCUGCAGGAACGAGGGCAAAGGUCACCCUUCGUCUGGUGAUGGAGUUGAGGGUUGAGACAGACGGCAUCAUCAGCUUUGUUUUGCCCACAGUACUCAACCCGCGCUACACCCCUGCUGACCACCCUCGCAGGCAAGAUUGGGACUGGAGGUGGGAGGAUCGAGGGGUGUAUGUGACACAGCCUUACUCCAUGGAGGUGAAGGCACAAGUAUGUGGUAACCACCAGAUAUCUCGGAUCGUCUCCCACACUGACCCACUCAACGUGACCCUGACUGAUGAUGCCAUGUCUGCCCAGGUGAGCCAGGACGGAGGGUUCAGCUGCGACCACGACUGGAGCAUGCUGGUGUACUACAGGAGUGCCUAACGGCCCCACCUGUUGCGGGAGACCGGUGAACGCUCUGCCACUGGGAUCAUGAAGGAUGACCUGCUCAUGCUGAACCUCUUCCCAGAGGUGCCCACCAACAGCUACUCCAGCAGGAAUGAGAUUAUCUUUGUCAUCGACCGCUCAGGUGAGGUGGAGGCAGGUGGGACAGCUGGACAAGGUCAAUAGGACCCAAGAACUGAUAUGAUGGGAUGCUGGAAGGCUUGUCAGUGCAGGACUAAGCAGAUAUGAUGCCUUUCAUAGCUUUUUAAACAGGCUGUGAGGGAGUUACUGGGGUUUUGAAGGAUGUUUCCAUGUUUCCAGUAAUAGUUCAACAAUAACUCCUUACUGUGACUCCUAAGCAGGAUGUGAGGGAAGUUACUGGGAUUUUCAAGGGUCCAACUCAGCAAGGUUGUACUAAGCUAACGUAAAUUAACCCCAAAAUUAGUUCGACUCAGUGAGUUUGUACUGUAGUUGUGCAGUGCUAACCUAACCUAAACUGACCUCACCAACAGGAAGCAUGCAUGGGGAAAAGAUAGAGAGUGCCCGGGCAACACUUCUUCUGUUCCUGAAGAGUCUGCCUCUGGGUUGCCUCUUCAACAUUGUCAGCUUCGGCUCAUCCUUCUCAGUGCUCUUCAAGAAGUGAGUGGUCCAGACUGGGUUAGGAUAAGUGAGAGGUCAUUCUUCCUCUUCCUCCUAUAUUUAUCUUGUCUCAUCUUUCU